AUGGUCGACUCUUGGAAUAUAUUCAGAAUCCUGGGAGAUUGCUCCCACCUGGCUUCGAAAUGCAUUCUCAUGUUUGCGAUACAUAGGAACAGGAGUUCCGAGGGUGUUUCCCUCAUAACACAGAUCCUCUACGCCGUGGUAUUCUGCACGAGAUAUCUCGACAUAUUCCGAGAACGAUAUGCGUGGAACCUGUUCUUCAAGCUGUUCUACAUAACAUCAUCGCUUUACAUUGUUGGUAUUAUGCAAUGGGUGUAUCCCAGGACGCGUGAAAGGGAGGUAGCGUGGAAGCUCGGCGCGGCGGUGUUUGGCGGCUCGCUUGCUAUCUCUCCAUUCGUCAUGAUGAUAUUGGAAAGCUCGUGGAGCAUUAGCACGUGGCUCUGGGACUUCUCGGAGAUUCUCGAGUCUGUCUGCGUGCUUCCCCAACUCCUCCUCUUGCGACAAACCACGGUUCCAACCGUCAUCGACUCUUACUACCUGCUGACCCUCGGCUCUUAUCGUGCGUUGUACCUGGUGAACUGGAUUCUGCGAUCGGCAGACCCAGCAGGCAGGCUACCCAAUGCCGUCUCUGUCAUCUUCGGCAUAGUCCAGGUUGCUCUCUACGUGGACUUUGCCUGGGUUUACUACACGCGCCAACGAGUCAAGCUCCGAAAUGGAGGUGUGGUUGAUGCUGACGACAUGCGACGGGGUUGGCUACUUAACCGCAUCUUUGGCAACAAGCAUGUUCGAGUCGACGAAGAGGACGAAGAGAAUGCGCCUGGUCUGGGAGGCCACGGUGCCAACGGAACACAGCCUCGAUCUUCGCGUGCGAAGUGGGGCGCUAGGGGCAUUUCUAUCAGCGCCGACGACGGCGUUCAUGAGCACGAGCAAGGACGUUCGGAUGGCGAGCACAACAUUGAUGCGUCUGUUGAUCCUGAUGCGCGCAUGAAGGACCCGGAUGAGCUGGCGAGAGCGCUCGAUCUUGACGACGAUGAUGAUGACGAUGACGAGAAUGCCCCCUUGGCUGCGUCCUCGGCCGCCCCUGGAAGCAGCAGCCAGGCUGCUAGUAACGCGAGUGGAGUCCGCAAUGAUGAGUGGAAGGAUUGA